AUGGCAAGCCCUUCUGAUACGAUUGUUAUCGAUGACGACGAGGAGAUUCAUAGGCUCGAGCCAGGUAGUUUAUGCCCUCGAAGGGGCCUACGCCGUGAUUACAGAUACUGGGACUUUGAGAGUAUGAUCGUUGAAUUAAAUGCUGAUAAGGCGGAUACAAUACCCUUACGCAAAUGCAAAAGAACCGAAAUAAAGGAGCUAUUAAUGGAUAACGCUUUUGAAGAGCUCCGAAAGGCAGUUGACUGUGAUAUUCAACUAUUACAAGAUGUACUUUACCUCGAGAGGGAAGCGCACAAACAUACCUAA